AUGCGCGCUAUUUUAUUGCUGGCCCUGUUCGGCUGUGUCCUUUUGGCCACAGUUUCUGCCCAGCUUCCCGAGCUGGAUGAUCUGUUCGAUCCCGAGGAGGCGGAAUUCCAAAAACGGAAUGCAGCUCAACAGCAAAACGACGUGGGACAGGAGGGACAAAAUGAUGACGAGGAAUCCAAUGACGAUACCUUAGAAGAUGACGAUGAGGAGUCCGAGGACGAAGAUUCCCAGGAUGAUGGUUCCCAGGAAGAUGAUUCCCAUGACGACGAGAAAGAAGAUGCCAGCCAACCAGAAGAAAAAUAUUAA